AGUUCCGGGUUUGGUCAUUUCCGGUCAGGAAGUUAUCGGUUCAAAACAGUUGUUAGCUCGUCGUAGAAAUAUUUUGCGACUUUCAAUGAGUGUCACGUUAAUUACGUUAUAGACUUUUUCCGCUUCCUGUUAUUAACUAACCUCUGUAACCAUGGAGACACCAGAGCCCGGGCCAGCGGAUGGAGAGGAGCGUCUGGUGGAGCUGCGACCUCGGACACGCUCCAACCCUGAAGGGGCUGAGGACCGCCGCAGCAGCACCGGCAGCCUGGGCGGGAACAGCAACCCGAACAUUUCUCAGCCUGCGGUGGGCAGUCGGGUGGAGGGGGAGGGCGAGGCGUCGACCAGCGACAGUCCUCCGAGCUCGACCACCACGACUGUCUCAACAGCCGCAGCCCAGACCGUGGUUCCUCCUGCGGCUGCAGUGGCGGCUGCAGCCGGUCCCGCGGCGCCCCUGUCCACCGUAGCUGCUGCAGCCAAAGAGAGGCCGAAGCCCACACAGCAGCAGCCCGCGCUGACGGCCUCCGUCCCUCCACCAGCUGAGUACCAGCUCCGUGUCCCCCGUGUCAACUGCCCAGAGAAAGUGAUUAUCUGCUUAGACCUUUCUGAAGAGAUGUCAUUGCCGAAGCUAGAAUCUUUUAAUGGGUCUAAAGCAAAUGCCCUGAACAUUUCUCAGAAGAUGAUCGAGAUGUUUGUCAGAACUAAACACAAGAUCGACAAAAGGCACGAGUUUGCCCUGGUUGUAGUCAAUGAUGAUGCCCUAUGGUUGUCAGGCUUCACGUCUGACCCCAGGGAGCUGUGCAGCUGUCUCUACGAUCUGGAGACUAACAUGUGCGAGUCCUUCAUAGACCUGGAAGAUCUUCUUAAUGUGAUCCGCCAGAAGAUCGAGCUUCCGUUGAUGGAGAAUGUUCAGACCAUCCCGCCUCCUUACGUGGUGCGGACCGUGCUCAUCUACAGCCGACAAGCGGGACAGCUUCAGUUCAACCCUUCUGAGGCUGUGAGUAAAAUGCUCCAGUCUCCAUAUUUUUUCUUUGAUGUGGUCUAUCUGCACAACGGGGUGGAGGAGCAGGGCGAAGACACAAGCUGGAGGGACAACUACACCUCUUUCUGCAACCUGGACUCGAAGGGCGUGUGCUAUCACUUUGAGGUUUCCCUGAGCGGACCGGCCAUCGAGCUGCACAACUGCAUGGCCAAACUUCUGGCUCACCCCUUACAGAGACCCUUCCAGAGUCAUGCGUCGUACAGUCUGCUUGAGGGGGACGAUCCCCAGGACAUUGAGGCAACAGUCUGAAAAACGGGACGCACUCACAAAGCACUGCUUCUCUGUGAAAUGUACACACUGUAGCUCAACAGAAAAGGGCCUGGGGGAGUGUUUCCAAGUACAAGUCAUACUGAAGGUAGUUUCCCAUUUCCUGUGACAGAGCAAGUCACCAAGUAGGUGACUAUCAACACCAUCAUGGUGUUACAGUAAAUUAGUCAUUUAUUGUUCUACGGUGGGGAAAUGAUAAAACAAUCUUGUUGUUAGCGGGAAAAAAUCUGAGUUGUCUGGAGGUAUCCUGGGGAUGAACAGGAUGUCAGAGAUUCCAGGAGAUGGACAUGAGUCAAAAGAGAAGAUUAGGAAAGAAUAAAUAAGUAAAAUAGAAGCAUACAACUUUCUCAAACACAUACUCCCUUACUGUUUGUUUUUCUAAUAAUGAUGAACUGAAUCAUGGAGGCUACAACUUCUGUAAUAUUUCCUUCCCCUUGUUAGUUUGUAAUUUUUCCACCUUUUGUUGCCUUUUUUUAAAUCUAUUUUUAUUUUAUUUUACAUGGGGUUGCUUUUAAUAAGUGUUCACGUGUCACUCCUGUAUGUUACACAGACAGUGAAAGUAUGUACAGUAAUAUAAAUGUGGCCUCGUUUGAUUUAGAUCGUUUUCCCCUUGAAGGAUCUCUGUGGCUUCAGUGGGUAAAUAGUGAAAAGGGCCCUGGCUCAGUCCGCCUGGCUGCACUUGAAACACGUUGUAUAGAUGAGCUUUUUGAAACUGUUCCUGGAUAUUAAACAAAAAAGACGUGUUGAAUCAUA